AGAACUAUAUCCCGUGGAGUGACAUGUAUUUUAUAUGUACAAAGACCGCCUUGUGUCUGAGUGAUCCAGCUUGGGCCAAGCAACUGUCGCGCGCGCUAUGUAUGCUUUACGACAUUCGCUAGUUCUCGCAAAACUUGCUUUCCGACAGUGACUUGAAAGUACCUGAGCGGUGAAUAAGCUGUUUUCGAGUGUCGACAUUCGUUUCGAAAACGCAUUUUAUAGUCGAACAGCAGGAGGUGGUUAUAUAGAAAAUAGUCCGCACGCGUGUAUAUGAGGUGUAUUAACGUACAUAUAUUUUUUUAAUCCGUACUAUUCGGCCGUUAGUAAAGUUGAACCUCGAGGCCCAGCGGAGGACGGAGCAGCUCGAAAGGAGAAAAAAAGUUUUGUUAUUGUCAUGUGACGGGAUGCGCAUGUGGCGAUAAAGUGUGGCGAAUCUCUCGGACUAUUUACAUACAGUUCUUUGAUUCCAGCGUACAAGUCCUAGUUUCAGAGCAUGCCUCAACCAAAAUAUAGAAAGAUCGCUGUUUUGGGAUACCGGUCAGUUGGAAAGUCCUCUCUCACCAUUCAGUUCGUGGAAGGGCAGUUUGUAGAUGCAUACGAUCCUACAAUCGAAAACACAUUUAAUAAAAUGGUGUCUGUGAAUGGACAAGACUUUAAUCUUCAGCUGGUUGAUACUGCUGGACAGGACGAGUACUCCAUUUUCCCACAGUCUCACUCAAUGGACAUUCACGGUUAUGUUCUGGUGUACUCCGUCACCUCAAUGAAGAGUUUCGAAGUGGUUCAAGUUCUACAUGACAAACUGCUUGACAUGGUUGGAAAAAUACAGGUGCCUACUGUUCUGGUUGGAAAUAAAAAAGACCUUCACAUGGAAAGAGUUAUUAAACCAGAAGAAGGCAAGAAGUUAGCCGACUCUUGGGGAGCUGCUUUUAUGGAAUCAUCUGCUAAAGAAAACCAGACGGCUGUUGACGUUUUUAAGCGGAUCAUUUUGGAGAUGGAGAAAGCAGACGGAAACGCCCCGUCCGAGGAGAAGAAAUGUUGCGUGAUGUAGCUGCUGCUAUCUUUCAGCAAACACACAGCAAGCUGCCUGGCCAAAGUUACAAGUGACAUCAUCAUCAGUCAGCGCGGACACGGCGUGGCGGUGGUGGUGGGACUGCCGUUCUUAAACUCUCCACUCCUCACAGCAGACGGGAAGCUUUAUGUACCCAUUUAUAUGAAAUUCCGAAAAGCACGAAGAAUGGUAAGCUGUCCCAGGAAAAAAAACAAUUCAAAUAUAUAUAUCCCCAAAA